AGCUCCUGUUCUGCCUGUGUUUCGAAUAAGUAGCGAUCUGUACUAAGAAAACUACAUUAAAGCAAACCAGUAGUACCAACGCCAACCUCGUCGGAACAAGUAGUUUUCAUUUCAUUUCAACCUUGGUCGAUUACGGGACUUCCCCCUUACCUAUAAGCGUUGAUGUUCCUCAACUAGUUAGCCAUGCUCUGGUCAGUGUGGAGAACACGAGCCACUCCUCCCCUUGUUGGGGAUGGGGACACCGACACCUCCAACUCUACUUCUUGACUCAUCCUUUUCCUUUCACCCCCGAGCCCGACCCCCUCUAUUUGAAUAAAGUUUCCCACACUCCACGUCAACAUGUUCGAGUCGGUGGUCGACGGGCUGCUCCAGACGUACCUGGCCCCGUACGUGGAGGGGCUGAACUCCGAGACGCUGCGGAUCGGAAUUUUCAGUGGGCAGAUCGAGCUCAAGGCCUUGAAGGUCCGCAAGAACUUUUUUCAGCUGAUCGGGGUGGACAGCCUGCGCGUCAUCAAUGGCGAGAUCUCCAGCAUUCGGAUCGAGCUCCCCAGCUGGCGCGAGCUCACGUCCGGACAGAUCAAGAUUUUGGUCAGCGGCGUCAAGGUGGCGCUCCGGGCGCUGCACGGGUCCACCGAAACCACCCUGGAGGAGGACGUCGAGGCGCUCCGGCAGUCGCGGAAGCAAACCAUUGAGGCCCGGGAGCAAAUGCUUCUGAAAGAGUACGAGCAGCGGCAGCUGCGGGGGCAGGACGGGGAGAACACCGGGGAGAGCCUGUCGUUCUUCGCGAAGGUUGGGCGACGCCUGUUGGAUAAUCUGUUGAUCGAGGUCACCGACCUGAGCUUCACGUUCAUCGACACAGUGCGGCGCGUGGACAUCGGCGCGGAUCUCCCGAGUCUCCUCGUCCGCUCCACGAACGAAAAAUUCGAAGUGUUAGAGCCUGGGGCGGGAGGUAUGUCUACUUGGUUGAUGAAUGGUUCAUCUCAGUCUUCUUUUUCGAAUGCUGAGUGAGAUGCUUUGUUUUCUUAGUACUUCAUGAUCUUUGCGUCUACUCAUGUCCGCCUGAAAAUAAAAAACAAAGUGAAUCAACUUUCUGAAAAAAAACAAAAUUUCACCAGGCGACGAUGCUGCCGAAGCCACGACCACAAGUCCGCUGUUCAAACUUCUGGAAGUCAAUGGCCUUGCCCUGUGGUUUACGGAUGCCUCGCAGCGCUCUAGCGAAAAAAUCAACGAACUGCGCGACGAAUUGGAGAAGCCCGAGGAAAAACAGUACAUGCUGAAGCCCUGCCGCUUAGCCCUGAAGCUUGCCCACGAGCCCGCCAAGGGCAUGCUCCGGCUGCUCAUCGACUUCACGGGCGCAAGAAAACACAAUCCAGAAGCGGAGAGGAAUAAGAAGGCGGGGCUGAUGGGAAAGCUGAUGGCAAAGGCUGGCAAUGCUCUAGGUACAACUAUUGCGACAGGGUCUCAGGGGGAGAAAAUUUUUGGCGACCAUGCGGACGACGACGAGGAGGAUAGCGAUCUGUAUCAGGAAAACGGUCUGUCGAUGACGCGAUCCCAAUUCGUGGCGAUCAUGCGUAUGGUGACAAAAAACACCCGAGAUGCGGCGAAGGUGCAGGACGCUCUGACACCCCCGGAGGUGCUGGAGAAAUUCCCGCUUGCGCACCACAGGUACGCGCAGGAGUACAUGUUCUUGUAUGGCACGAAGCUCAUGCGGGAGUACAAACUUCCCCCGAAUUUGCGACGAGUCAUCACCAGAAACGCGCAUCGGUCGCUGAGAAAGGAAGACGCUACUUCGACGGCCCCGACCGACGCCGGACUGAACGAAGCCGCCGCCGCCGCGCAGGACAACGCCGCGUUUCAAGAUGCUCUGUCUUCCUCGGAAAAUGAAGAAGAGGAAGACGUCAACGAGCUGGACGAUAGCGCCGCGAUUGAGGAAAAACUAGCCUUGUUCGAGGAUGUGAUGAGCGCUUACCACAUCGCAAAAUGGCGAGCUGCGAUCAGGCAAGCUGUGAUCAAAACGAAGCAGAUCGUCGAGAAAUCGUCAUCCGCCGCCGCGUCUGCCCGAGAAAAGGAAGAGCAGAAGAAUCAGAGCUGGUGGGGGUGGUUUACGGGAAAGACGAAAGAGCGCGGCUCGCAGGCCGGGGUUGCACUCGAAACAGAAGAGCAGUGGCGGAAGCGGAUCGCCGAGCAGGAUAAAUUAGCGGAGGAAGUGUUGCAAAACUUGCACAAGGAAGUGGAAACCGUGGCCGAAGUGGAGCUGCCGAGCCGGAUUGUGGUCGGUUUCCAGUGCGCACAGUUUAGCGCGGUCCUGACGGAAGAUUUGCCGAGCAAGCUGCUACAGCGGAACAAGCAUUUGUCGACCAAGUCGCGCGAUCUGCUCCGCGGCAACUUCACCGGGGCGUCUUUCAUGCUCGGGCUGAACACGAAGCUGGACUGCCGCGGCAACGAUGGGACGGAGCUGAUCAUCAUGGUCGGUGGCGAAGCCAUAGACGCCACGCACUACGGGAGGCCGGUGAUUCGCACCAGAAGAAAAAAACAGACCAAGCGCCAUCACGGGGGCGGCCUGCGGACGCAGAAAGCGCGGGACUUCUCCACCCAAAAGUUGUCGCAAAAGCUGUCCGGGUACUCCAGCCCACAACUUCAGGGCCCUCCGUCGGCGACAGCUCCACACCAGAACAAUUUGGCGUCUCAGGACACAGCCUUCUCUGACGACGAAUACGACGUCUGGGGCGACCACGACCUGCAGACCCCGGGGCGCUCUACCCCCGAAGAAAUCCCGUCCCCACGCACGGGGCAGCUGAAACCGAUGGUCAUGAAAAAGCGGGCGAACAAGUACAUCCUGGAUGAUUUGGAGGCCGCCAUGAUCACCGCCUUUGCGACGCAGGAGAGCGACAUGCAGUCGCUUCGGGAGGACUUGAAGCAGCGGGGCAGGGAAGCGGGUACGUUCAUCCUGUUCAACAAACUCGGCACCGACCGCAACGUCAUGGGCCUGUCCUACGAAGCCGUCCCGGUGGGCUUCUUUCUUCGCCCGCUGAUAGUGCCAAGCAUCGUUUCUUUUUUCGACGUCAAUGACGAAAUCGUUCAGGUGCUGGGCCCGGAUCCAGCACACUUGGCGGAACAGCAGCAGCAUAAGGAACAACAGGAUAACGACCUUACGGACCACGUCAAUUCCGGAACCACUUCUGCUGGAGUAGCAUCAAGCUCGACUCCUCUACUGCCCUCAGGUGCGCUGAAGAAAACUUCUCCGCUCGGGGCGGCUGCAAUUUCUAUGUCCGAAAGCGGUGCUGCUGCCUCGUCCAGCAGCACGAGGCAAACCCGAAACGAGCACGCAGAGCUGAUGGAGCAACGGCUCGACACGAUCGAUUACUACCUGAAUUACGCCACCCAGGCGUACGCGAACAACAAGGAGGAGGUGUUGAAGCGCAUUCCGGACGCGAUGGACUUGUACUUCUCACUGAAAUCCCCAACCGUUGAGUUCGCGACCGAAAAUCGUGCGACCGCGUCCUUCAAACUGGGCAACAUGCUGUUCUUCAGCCCCGUCCCUUUUGCCAUGGACAAGGCGCAGUUCCAGGUGUUCAUGAACGACACCAGCUUGAAAGUGACCACGCCCCGGAAGGAACGGCUCUACGUGCUGAAGCCCGUCCCGAUUUCGGCGACCAUCCAGACCGACAUGAGCGUCAACACUUUGGUCAACGUCAGCGUCGGCCGGUGCGAGCUCCACGCGGCGCCGCAGGCCGUAUUGAUCUUGAUGGCCCUCCCGAACAUGAUCACGUCUGCGGUUUUAGACUAUUCCGCCCCGGUGGCGGCUUCGGCCGGAGCAGUAAAGCCGAACAGCAGACCGCUUGCGAUCGAAUCCUCCGCGGUCUCCUCUGGGAUGGGUUCCAACGCCACGACCGCAGCCGCAGUUGCGCGGGGCGAGAAGCUGGGGACGAUUGAUGAAGGUGGGAGAACAAAAGCUGCUCCGCGGCGCGCGACAGCUGCGGCACCCGCGCUCGCCGGCUUAGUUUACAACAAGGUACGGGAGCGCUUCACCGAGAAUAUCAGAAAUGAAGAUAGGGACGCUGCUGGUAACAAGCGACUCCGCGUGCACCGGGCAGUCUCCACCGCAACGCCGGACGAGCUGGAGGGCAGAGCCAGUGACGUUGUGGAUCAGCUGGACGAGUUCGAUCGCAUGCCCUCGGAGGCUACGGAGAUGGUUGCCGACCAGGAGGGUCUGGUGGAAGAACCCGAUGCCGCUCCAGAGAUGAACACGAUGGUUACGGUCGGUGUGGAGAGGAUCCUCGUUACGCUGGGCGACACUGUGAUCCCCGUGUUGCAGACCCAAAUCCGCCUUCCGGACCUCUUAUACCACGCAAAGGGACUCUCCUAUUCGGUUUUGACGGAGAAGGGAUUGUUUAUGGACGUCAGUAUGUACAACACGCGAAACGGGUGCUGGGAGCCCUUGCUGGAACCCUUCUGCUUCAACGAACUGAGUUUGAAAGUGGAAAACAAGAUGGUUCUCACCUUAUCCGGCACACACCGACCCUUCUACUUGAACUUCUCACCUACGUCGGUCGCAAAGCUUUCCUGGUUCGCACCCUGGUUCCUCGGGGAGGUCUUCGGCACGUCUCCUGCAGCCACCGAGGAGGCCCGCCUGCAAAAGUUGCGCUCGCAGUUGUCCGGGCUGGGACCAUCGAAAGGGUCCAUGUUCCAGGACGUUCUGAUGCUUGAGCAGCCCAGUGCCGCCUUGGAGGCCAAGAAGUCGAUGGGCCUGGGCUCUAUCCAUUCGGAUAACUCCUCCCGGGACACGCGAGAUGGCGAUAGCAGAAUGACCGGCGGUUUUGAUUCGGUGAUUUCAAACGGAGACGAGAGUGACGGGCUCGGAAGUAGUCGCUUCCAGUCGCUUUCCUCUAACACAACGUCAAAUGCAGCAGCUAGCCUCGAGCCCGGCUCGACCGUGCCCGCUUCGUCGACAACCGGUGUUGAUUCGAUCCUCGCCUCUGUUGCCGGCGGCAACAACGCCGCACAGCACGUCCGCUUCGAUGUGAAGGCUUUAGAGGACCACGACGAACUCACGAGCGAGGAGGAACAGCAGCAGAAAACCCCGAUGCACUUGUAUCAGUCCCUGAUCUUGUCCUUGCACCCAACCUCCUACCCGGCGUUGGUCCGCUCGCCCUACCAGGACAUCGAGGACGCCUCCCUGCUGAGCUGGAACACGACCCGAUUUCGCUGCAUCAACGUGCUGCCCUUCACCGUCGCUGUGCGCUUCUUCCCCGCGGCUGACACCGCCGUGUCCACCGAUCGGUCGGAUCAAGACAGGUCCAGCUCGCGGCCGAGCGGAUAUUCGGGCUCAAGAACAUCGAAGAAGCACGAUCGCAAUCAGACCAUGUACAAGACGCAGUUUGGCCAGAUGUCUACGCGUCGGGGAGGCGAGACCACGCCCGGAGUUGGUGGCCAGACCACGGUGCGUGGCGGGGCUUUUGACCUGGACAUAGAUGCGCUGAUUGAACUCCUGCCGCCGCGGAUGCCGGGAGAGGCAGAAACCCUGCUGAUUUCCCCGGUUCGCGGGCCUCGGGACUGGGCCGCACUGGACCCGGGUAUUUUGCCGACGUUGGCGGAGAGCCUGGACUGUCGGUUGGUGAAAGCUGCCGAGAAUACCGUGAAGGUUCAGCACUGGCGAAACCACAUGGACCACGCCGCGACGGCGUUGCUGACGCCCACCGGCGCAGUGACACCGGGGACAAAAGAGGUAGACGGCAGCGAGCCCGGCACUCCGAAACCCGGUGCCGUUGCACCCACCGGAAGCGACGAAACAAGCGGCACGGAGGGCGGUCUUUCCGCACGCCACCAGCUCAAAGCGCAGCGCGCGGCAGGCGUGUCGCCCGAGGCGCUCGGCAAAGCCAUCGAGGCCGCUAGGAGGCAGCAAGACACAGCUCCCGACGGAAAUAAAGUAGAACAAAACAAAAACAAACGCGUAGGGGGUGUUAUGGCGCGCCGUCAUCGUUUGUCCGUCUACCAGCAGGGUGGCAUGGAAUUUGGCAACAGCGUCGAGCUGAAAAACAUUUGCUUCGUUGCCCGCAUGCUCGCACCAAAAGCGUCCCACAAGGUGAUGGUGCUCUCCAGUUCCGUAACGCUGCACAACCAUUUGUCGGUGCCCUGCCGCAUGAAAAUGAACGGGGAGAACGCACAGCUGAACAGUUUAGUCAGUAAAUGCUGCUUCCUGGACGAAGCGGCGGCGCUCGAGCGCAACACGUACCCGCGGAAGAGCUUCUACGAAAAGCACGUGCAGAUGGACCUGCAGAAGCAGGAGAAGGACUGCCCCGUGAAAAAGUACCUCAACCCCGAGGAAUACCUGUCCGUGUGUUCCAACGAAGUCCAGUUUCGCAUUUUCGACUUCGCCUGGUCCCCGAUCGUCGACCUGGCCCGCAAGCCGCAACAGAACGAAAGCCGCUGGUGCGUCGGCGUUUUCAACCUGCCCAAAUCCAGCAAGGACGCGAAACUGAACGCCGAGAGCCCGAGUUUCAACUUUCUGCUCGCCCGCGAAGAAAUUUUGUCCGGCCCGCCAAUGAACAAGCCGAUCCGUGAGAUCCACAUGCUCCCGGCGCUGGUCUUCGAGAACGCGCUGCCCUGCCGCCUGGCGAUCGUGAUCGAGGAGGUCCGGAUUCGCGGCGGCAAGGACCGAUAUAAACCGGAGGACCUGGACGAGGACGGAAAUCCAAUAAAGCAGAAGCGGGUGCGGGUGGAGACGUUUGUGGACCCUUUGUCCGUCUGGCACUGUUACGAAAUCGAUCCGCGCUGCUACGUGCAGCUGCAUGUGCGCGUGUAUGAGGGCGAGAAUGCGAAGCAGAAGAACCCGAAGAUAAAGCUCCCCCCGUUUUCCCCCUACGUCGAAGAGUCGCGCCGCCGUCAGCACUUGGCCGCACAGAAGCGCGCCAAGGCGGAAGCAUCCGCGGGGAACGAGCGGGCGAAAGCGGGCGUGUAUGGCGCAGACCAACAGGCGUCGGAGGACGCGAAAAAGACGGAAGAGAGCAUCAACCGACACGUCGAGGUCGCGUUCGAGCACGCCGGCAUGAGCCCCUUCCAGGCCGUCGCGAGGCUGGGGCUGCGGACGAAAGUUUUCUGCCCGAUUUGGAUGGUCAACCGGACGGAUCUGAAACUUCCGAUAGACGCCUUUCCGUCCUUUGGCGGGAACACGUUGCUGGGAAACGUUAUAUUGGGUGAGGACGAGAAAGCAGAAGACGACCAUGAGAAGCAGCUCCUGCACACGCUCGACAUCGCGGGCCGCUCGGUCGAGCUCCCGGCGGAAUACUGUGUGCUGGACCGGGGGGUGAAUCUCUGCGUGCAGGCACACACCUUCACCGUCAUGGGCACGCUCUGCCAGAUGUUUCACCUUCUCCCCCGCCUGAUCUUCCAUAACAAGAGCGAGCAGGCGACCUUUGAAAUCCUCCAAGUGCCAACAAAAGAGCUGCCUCAGAUGCUCCGGGUGAAGGAAGAGAAGCGCGCAGAGGAGCUCGUGGCCCAGAUGGAGAACAAGCUGGCAAAGCGAUCCGUGUUAGUCAACGAGCGCAACACUUUCACCCUGGCCCCCGGCGGCAUUUACGUCCCGGCCCAAGACCUUGUGGCCGUGCGCUUUCGGGUCCAGGGAAUGAAGCACUGGAGCAGUUUGGUCGUCCUGGGCGACGACCAGGCCGGGGAUUUUCCGUUUGUGCUCGAGGGUUCCACGAUCGCGACGGUCGAAAUUUGCCCUGACCGCGGGCGGUUGGGGGUGAAUUUUUCCACCAAUAGCAGUUAUCUCGUCGAGAAUUACACGUAUGACUACUACAUGGUGAUCAACAAGUGCGUGAAGGCCGAGCCACGGAAGGAGGUGGACGCCUUUUCCGACGAGGACCAGCUGUACUUCGCCGAGUUUCUCCCGGGCGAGCAGGAACAACUCGACCAGGAGCAGCCACCUGCUAUCACGAACUACGGCUGGACCGAUCCGUUUUUCGAGGAAAAUUUGCAGCUUCCAGAAGACGAGUUCAACGCCACCAUGUCGGAUCGGCAGCGACCACCGAGCUCGGUGCUGCUCAACACCGACGACGCGCAGCACACGCCGGGCCCGGUUGACCAGCGCUGGCUGGUGGACAUCGAAAUUCGGGCGCGCGAACGGAACGUGCUGAUCGACCGCAUGCAGAUCUACGCGUACGAGGCAGCCACCUAUCACAUGAAGCCAGUGAGUCUGGAAAAACCGGAGGUGGUUGUUGCGAAUAACAAGGCUGGCAAAAAGAACAUAAAAGACAAUAUCCUCAAGGCCAAAAAAGGCUCGAAGCAGGCUCCUAAAGUGGAACGCAAGUCCGACCCGCUGAUGCUUACAGUGACGAGAAUAGGAGCCUCCAACGUGCUCCGGCUAGAUCGCGACGAGGCGCACCACUUCGGCAGCCUCGCCUCGCGCAAACAGGAGGCCCAGAAAUUUGAAGCGCGGGUGAAUUUGAACCGCGUUGGGCUCAGCUUCAUCUCCGAGGAGCGGAAAGAAGAAUUUUUGUACAUGCAGCUGGAUUUGCUGCGCGCGGUGUACCUGCAGGAGACGGACAAGAUGACCACGCAACUGAUCAUCUCCGACAUUCAGUGCGACUGCCAGUUUCAGAGCCGCAAACGGGGGACCCUGUUCGAUCCGAAGAGCAACGUGGCGCCGAACACGCGGACGCUACUCUGGGACUCCAUCGACACGAAGCUCCCCGUGGUCUUCGGAAACCGCGGGAGCAGCACGGGCACCGUGCCCUUCCUCGAAGUUUUGAUCACCCGGACCGCGAUUGCGAGCCGCGAUUUGGUCAUCCCCGUGCUGGAGAUCAAUGUGGACGACAUGGAAAUCUCCAUCGACGACGAAAUUCUGCUCGGCUUCCAAGAGUACAUGAACAUCGACUUCUACGGCGAGCAAAUGGGCGGCGACCUGACCGCAACAGGAGCCUCCUCAACGGAGCUGAGUCGAAGCCGCGGCGACGACGAAUCUGGGGGUGGCUUCACCAGUGUCAGUGGGGGCGUCACGCCACUGCAGCAGCGAAGCAUGUUGACGCGCGGCGACGCGAGCAGAAGCGGGGUCACUAUGAUGUACACGGAGAAGCACAGCGCAGACACGAUCUUGGCACCCGUAAAAAAGUUGCCCCCACAGUUUCAAAAGUUCAUUACUCUUCAGAGUGCUGAGCAUGAUAAAGACGAGAAUUCUAGUACCGUUGACCUCGCAGCCGCAGGGCUCACGAAGCAAAAGCGCAAGACCAACCGCCAGCUGGUGUCCGCAGCGACGCACAAGCUUUUGCUCGCGAGGACGCCGCAGAUGUGCUCCUGGGCCGAGUUGCAAGCAUUCGCGAGCACGCCGAUGGUUUUGGAUCCGGGCUACAAGUUCCCGGAAGUCCCAGCGGUGUUGCAGAUUGACCAACUGCGUAUCUCCAGUAUCCGCCUGCUAAUCUGGGUGGAGCUCUUACUAGACAAUAUGGACUUCCUACCCGAGUCCGCCAAGACCGUGAUUCGCGUCCUCUCUUUCGGCAACAGCUUCACAGUCGAGCGCGGCGAGCUGAUUUUCGACGCCAUUGGCGGGCCGCCUCAGCACCUGUCCACCAGCAACGUGUACGCGACCGCCGAUGCCGCUGCCGCGGUGAAGGGCAAGGGUAAAAAGGGCAAAAAUCUUGGCUUGCUCGGUCCGGUGCAGGAGGAAAUCGCCAUCGAGUCCGACCACAGUGCGGCCGAGUCGGAGAAGCCGGAGUACGUGGUGAUUACGCCGUUCCGCGGUUCCAUGCCAGUGUUUCUGCAGGGCCUGCUCUGCGAGUACACGCGCAACCUUCUGAUCAACGUGAUGAAAAUCCUGGGCAAGUCCGGCACGCUCACCCUCGCGCGGUCGCCGUUGCAGGCCACUUCGAAGACCUUCGUGUUUUUCUCCGAUUCGCUGGGAGGACUGUUCGCCGACGGCGCGCACAUUUUCAACCACUUGACCUUUGAUCCGGAGUACAUCAGGAAUCAGAAGAAAGUCCGGGCCAUGAAGAAGGCCGAAAUCGACGGUCUCAUGGCAGGAGCAGGCGAAGCGCUGAAAUCGCUGGGCGAUGGCGCCGUAGGUUUGUUCGACAUCGUCACCAAGCCGAUCGAGGGUGCGCAAGAAGACGGCGUCGCGGGCUUCUUCACCGGCCUGGGGCAAGGGGCCAUGGGCACGCUUGUGAAGCCCUGGACAGCUCUGGGAGGGGCAAUUGCCGACGUUGGUACGGGCAUUUCCGCAGCGAUUGCCACCGAGAAGACAGCCCAGAAUAGGAAAGGGGUAAAUCUAAAUACAUUCAUAAAUCAUAUUAUAAUAGUACUCAGCAUUUUGUUUUCAUUUCACCAGGUCCAGUUCGUUGUCGUUGCUUGUGUUUGCAUGGUUUUUUCUUUUCCUAGCUUGAGAAUGUAGCUGCCACGCCAUGAACAUCCUUCAACAGCGGGAAGCAAUGAUUUCAAAAAAUCAAAUACGAAAACAGAUGGCCUUCGCACGCACCCUGAUCGAGCCAAAGCGCCUUCCCCGGUUCCUGAGCGGCAACAUGGGCGUGAUCGAGUGGUACGACCCCAUUGCCGCCCGUGUGCUCCACCAUUGCCACCUGUUUGUCAGGCACGCGGAGCUGAUGGUGCCCUUCGGACUGGUUCCCACGGCCGAAGCAGGCGCGCUUGGCGACGACGCGGCCGACGUGGACUACGGCCCGGCGAUGUACGUUCUCUUCGCGCACCCAGACCACAUUUCCUUCGCGCGCGUUCCGAUGCGGGUGGAGUACAAGAAAAACGCGAUAUCGCCGCUGGACGAUGAAGAGGAAGAGGUCAACGUCCUCACCGCGAUUGGCGAGGCCGGCGCGAACGUUUUGUCCGCGGCGUUGGUCUAUCAACUGUAAAAAUGUCUGGGUGUGGAAGAUUUCGAAACUUGUGAUGCACGUCUUGCAUGAGCCAUGAUGUCUGUGAUGCGCGCCCUAGCAUCACAUAUUUUCGGAGGGCAUCUUGAUGCCUAUUCCGCAUGACAAAUGCCCUAUGUAUCCUUGUAGCAAAACUUAUACUCCUUUUGCUACUCAUGCAGUACAGAUUUUUUUGGAAUCCAAAUGCAGCAUCACAAGUUGCAUUCUUCCAGACCCAGACACUUUUGCAAUCCAUAUGGUCCCUGCCGCGACGGCGGGAGCGCUGAUGCAGAAGACCGCCGACAUGAUUUUUGAGGAAGACGUAUCCUGUGUAAAAACGUCCCCGCCACCCCAGAGUUGUCAUGCAGAUUUGCCAUGACAGGAACAUUUGUGAUGCGCAACCCAAUGACAGGCAUUUUCAAUCGUGUUUGGGAACUUGUAAUGCCGUAAACAGGAUCAGAAGGUCGAUUUGUGAUGCGGCUUUCCUUGCUAACUUGCACUACCUUACGGACUGAAACUCGUCAUGCGUGACUCGUAAAACUCCUGGGUUUGUGUUGCAAAAUCCCCAUCCUGACUCUGGUGUGGGUACGUUUUUACUCAGGAUAAGACGACGAUGUCUACAGCCUGGCUAACGUGGCGCCCGCCGUGCGAAACCGCAUCAAGUGGCAGUGCUACCUCAACAACGUGCAGAAGGUCACAACUCAGAAGGGCGCGAUCACGAUGCGGGUGGGUGGAAAAAACCAAGACUCGAAAAAGCUGCCGCCCUUGAACUUCCUCCGCGCGGAAUGGCUCCGAAUGAAGCAACUGGUGGCGAAUCAGGGCGAGACAUUGUUGUUCUUCUGGCAGGAGUCAGCAGUGGAGCAGGAGCUGAAGUAUUCCAACUAUCAGCGGUACCGCCGAGCGAGGGAGCGCGAACUAGCGGCGCUGAACGAGGGUUGGGAGACGAUCUCCAUCGCCACAAGAUACACGGACGACGUUCCCGCGGGUUCGCCCCCUGCGAACAGGUUCGCCCCCGCAUUGCCAACGAUUCCGGAUAUUGAGGAAGAUGAGGCAGCUAGCGGGAAGGCACAGAAAAAACGGGGAAUAAAGGGUGAAGCCGAAGGCGGACCUCCGGAGCGAAUGAUGAGCAUGGAAGAUUUUCUGUCUCCGGACCGAGAGGGCGAAGACGGACAAAAUUCGGAAACAACGCUGACCACGACCGCCGCGACCGCUUCAAGUACUAGCAAACAGAUGCAACAAGGCCGCGAGGGCAGUGCGUACUUACCAGAACAAGCCGAGGGAAGUGCGUAUGACAUCUUUCCCGAGUUUCGUCAAACUACGGGGACAUCGUCGCAACAGAGCGACGACGAGAGAUCAUCUGCAGCAAGCUCUUCCAGUGUCAACAGCGGCACUAGCGAUAGUUUUUUCCCCCAGAAACUGCAGGUCAUUUCAAAGAACCCUGUCCGGGAAUCCGCAGCAGAGGCGACGCUCACCGGCAGAGGGCCCUUCAUGCUGCACCCAGGCACUGGCACGUCGUCCUCCAGCGCCACUUCGUCUGCUGCCACAAAUAAGAAGAAAAAGAGCCCGCACUUCGACUUUGCACCCAAUGCAAGGAUAAACGACCAGGAUGAGGUUGGCGGUGUGCGCGACAUCGAGGACGGUGGUGCAACUACAUCUAGCAGCUCCAGUCGCGCCGGUCAGCAACCACCUCCGAAGGGUUCUCCCCGUGCUGGCGGAAAUAAUAACGGUCACCAGCAGAUAGUCGCGACGAGCAACAAGACGAUCGAGCCACCGGACCACACGGUUCUGCGAGAAAUGCUGAAAGUGCUCCGCGGCGAGACGCAGGAGUGGAAGCGGGUUAAAGAUUCCCUAGCCAUGUUUCAUCGGGCGCAGCUGUAUCUGGAGCUCCUCCUCCCUCACAGCAGGUCUUUGACCACCGAAGACAGCGGCAGCGUGAUGACCAGCAGAAUCGUGGAGUGCUACGAGGUCGAGCGGAACAAAGUGUUCGAGUGGGGCCCGGCGUUCCUGCCCACCGACGGCGACAGCCGGUGGAAGUGGAUGUCGCUACAGAUGGAAAAGCACCCUUUUCUCGACCCCACUCUAACCAGGUCGCAGUGCAUCCGAGCGCGCAGGCCUCCCUUCGUCUUUUCCAAACUGUGGAAGCCCAAGGGACCGUGGCGAAUCGUAAAAGAUCCCAAGUUGACGGACCCGGAGGGCUGGACGUACGCAGUAAACUGGGGCAAUAAGGUCUGGACCAAGGACGAAGGUAUCGUCGACUACGUGCGGAGGAGAAAGUGGAUACGUGAAUUUCUGUAAAGAGAAGCCGCUCGUACCACCUCAACUGCUGCAGUUCCAAGAAACAGAUGAAAUACUUAAUUUAGCGGGCGCCCUUGGAGGUUUUCCAGUGUGUAAUAGUACAAGCAAAACACUAAUUACAGCGACACAGCGACACCAAUCUACUAUCAUUUCUACUUUUGUGUACCAAGAUAGAAGAAG